AUGUACAAAACACUAAAAGAAUUUGAUGAAGACAUGGAACGUGAAUUAGCGGACCAUGCACCAUGGAAAACAAUUCAGCAGAAUACAUCCACGAAAUGGAUAAAUGAACAUUUAAGAUUAGUUAAUACACAAGUUGAAGAUUUACAAACUGACUUAGCUGAUGGUUUAAAACUAAUCGCACUCACCGAAGUAUUAUCA